AUAAUACAAUUAAUGUAAAAUUAAAAAAAAUAAAUCCUGUAAUAAUGCAACCUAAGGGAACUGCCAACAAAGUCAAGAUUCCGAUUAUCUCUUUUAUCCUACGCACCCUUCGGUUCUCUUAACCUACACAUCUUUCGCCGGCUUCACCGUCGACUCAACUAGUACUCACAGUCUCUUAUCGGACUGGACCGAGUAUAAGUGCUUGGUCCACUUCAUCGGCGCCAAAUUCAGAUUUGGGUUUUAUAAAUUUGAGAUAAUUCUCAAGGGAUUGAACCAUGAGUUGCUUUGGCUGUUGUGAAGAGGAAGAUAUCCACAAAGCUGCUGAUAAUGGAGGCCAACACAUGUUUAAAAAUUCAGCAGGAAAUGAUGGAGGUUACCAUACAUCUGAAACUGCAUCAAAGAGUGCUCAAACUGUGAAGGUUCAGCCUAUUGAAGUCCCUGCUAUUCCAGCAGAUGAAUUGAAGGAAAUCACAGAUAACUUUGGUACAGAUUCUUUGAUUGGAGAAGGUUCAUAUGGUAGAGUUUAUUAUGGAGUCCUUAAAAGUGGGCCGGCUGCAGCAAUCAAAAAGUUAGAUGCCAGCAAGCAACCGGAUGAUGAGUUUUUGGCCCAGGUUUCCAUGGUAUCAAGGUUGAAGCAUGAAAACUUUGUACAAUUGCUUGGUUACUGUGUUGAUGGGAGCUCACGUAUACUUGCAUAUGAGUUUGCAUCUAAUGGAUCGCUGCAUGAUAUUCUCCAUGGGAGAAAAGGUGUUAAGGGAGCUCAGCCAGGCCCUGUUCUGACAUGGGCACAAAGAGUAAAAAUUGCCGUAGGAGCUGCUAAAGGGCUUGAGUACUUGCAUGAGAAAGCUGAUCCUCACAUCAUUCAUCGUGACAUUAAGUCCAGCAAUGUGCUAAUAUUUGAUGAAGAUGUGGCAAAGAUUGCAGACUUUGAUUUAUCUAAUCAGGCUCCUGAUAUGGCAGCCCGUCUGCAUUCCACUCGUGUACUUGGAACCUUUGGUUAUCAUGCUCCUGAAUAUGCAAUGACUGGGCAAUUAAAUGCCAAGAGUGAUGUAUACAGCUUUGGUGUUGUGCUGCUUGAGCUUCUGACUGGGAGAAAACCCGUUGAUCAUACUUUACCCCGUGGACAACAAAGUCUUGUGACAUGGGCUACACCUAAACUUAGUGAAGACAAGGUUAAGCAAUGUGUUGAUCAAAGACUAGGAGGAGAUUAUCCUCCCAAGGCUGUUGCAAAGAUGGCUGCUGUUGCUGCAUUGUGUGUGCAAUACGAAGCUGAUUUUCGGCCAAAUAUGAGCAUUGUUGUGAAAGCUCUUCAGCCCCUGUUAAAUACCCGGCCUGGACCUGCCGGUUAAAUACCAAGCACAUAACUUUAUCUCUCACUCUCUCUCUCUCUCUCACACACACACACUCUUCCUUUCUAUCUCUAUGUGCCCAUGUGUGAGGAAGUGUUCACGCAUUCAAGCAUCCAAAAUAUAUGAAGGGACAAUUUUAGAAGGUGAUGAUAAUUUGUUUGAGUUCCAUAUGCAUCCAUUAUAUACUAUGUAUUCGAUUUGUACAUAAUGUGUGAGGUUUUUUUUUUUUUUUUUUUUUUUUUUCCUCUCUUGCAUGUCUGUUCGAUGGUCUUCGUAUUUAACACCCUUUUUCUAAAUUUAAUCUUAACCUCUCUUCCUUUCAUGAAAUGGUUAUCUUUUACUUUUUCUUACAAAUGGUUAUGCACAUUUGAUUGCUUUGAUUACAAGAAAUCCCCAAUAAACAAAGAAAAGGACUGCUAGAUGCUUUAGCCCCCCGUAUGCCAGAUGGCAUGUAGAAACUUCUUUCUUCGGUCCCGUUAAAAUCUUAAUCCCUAGCUAGCUGAUUAGGUGAACAAUUGAAUUUUUUUUAUAUUAAUAAUAAUAGUGCUAUAAAUCAUAAAGGACAGAGUGUAGGAAUAUUAUUAGUUGGGAUUAUUACGCCAAUUUGACUUCAACACUUUGAGGGGUGGGUUGGCUAAAAUUCAUUGCGUGAACAAUGGGGGUUAGAAAAUUAAAUCCAUGAAACCACUUGUACUCUAUAUUACAUCGACCGGCCAAUAAUACCAAAGAAAAAACGCAUCGUCUUAACAACUACGAGUACUAAUCCAAAACCCCUAACCUCACUCCAGACAAGAACCAAUGAAGAAUAAGAAAAACAACAAAAAAGAAAACCUCAAAAGAGCAGAGAAAAGCAACAAAGAACCAAAGCCAAAUUAUUUUAGAUGCAUUCGUCCGCCUAACUACUUUUAUCGUUCUAUCUUGCCCAAACGUGGAAGAAGUAACAGGAGCAAUCACCAACGCCACCGUCGUCCCCAGCACGGCAGCCCCACCCUAUGGUGGAGACGCGACUGAACCUUAGUACGCUGCGGCGAAGACGUCGGUUUGUUUGGACAGAGAGAACUGCCAGGUCCCCAAAAACAGCGACCAAACGCGAUCGCGCAGAACAUUAGUUCGGCGCUAGUUAAGAUGAACAGUCCACCCAUGCUCAAAAUCCUUCUAGUUUGUCCUCGCUCAAUUGGAGAAGAGUUUAAAACAAGCUCUAUCGAGUGAUUGGCUAAUCAAGCUGGCCUAAAUGAACCACAAAAGAGCCAUGUGCAGCACGGUAGCCAAGCAUGUCACCAUGAUACUUAUAAUAAUAGGUAUCCACGCGGUCCUGAACAUUAGUCAGGACUCAGGAUGGCAACCAAUUACAGUUAACGAAUCCGAAGACUAAAACAGAAAUGGGUACUGGAACAGCAGCUUGACCUGAUCAAGAGUGGUUUAGGUAUUGAAAGUGGCCCUGACUCCUAAGGUGGUGAACGAUGGUAAGAAUUGGGCUUGGAGAAUUGGGGGUAAGAAACAAACAAGGGUCACCAUGGCAA